AUGUCGCACACCCAGGGAGCCGUUGUGGUCCGCAGGCCCGAUCUGACGCGAGAGCCCGGAUCGCUAGCGCCUGCCCAGGACGUGGACUUCGUCAGGACGCUCGAGUCCUACUUCCCCAUCUCGCAAAGCUCGCUGCUCAGACGAAUGGUCGAGGCCGACGGCUUUGACUUGAAAUCCACGACUGAACACGUACGUCCGAAGUUCGGCACGCUGCUUGGUGUCAGACCAUUCUUAGGCGCCGUUCGCGAGGGAAACUCCGCCGCAGCACAGCUAUUGACCCCUUACUGUUCGGGAGAGGACCCAGGGCAAGACAUCGAGGAUUGCGUGAGGAUCCCCACGUUGGUCAGCAUGGUGGACGUGUUCAUCAACAGGAAAGGGGCGGUGUGGAACGAGCAUGAUUUCAUUGCGCCGGUUAACUGCGCUAGGUUCACGAAGGAUGAGGCCGAAGACGCCUUGCUAGAAGCCACGGGGGACGUACCGAGAUACGUCGAAAGCUACGAAAAGGUGUUCGUGAUGGCCCAAGAGUGGGGACCGAACUACUACCACUUUACCGUGGAGCAUCUGCCGCGGAUCACUCUGGCGUUGGAUAUCCUUAUCGACAACCCAGACAUCAUGAUCGUGAUGCGCCACCACGGGCAGGACAAGUGGCAUGACACUUCCACAGAGUUCGAGACUCAUAUGGAGCUGUUUGAGCUUAUUGGAAUCAGCAGAGAACGCGUCGUUGAUACCUCGCACGAGGUCCAUGCAAAUCUAGCGAUUGUGCCGACUACUACUAUUUGCGGCGACCCGGACCCUCACAUGGUCAACAUGCUCAGGAACAGAUUCCUGCAGAGUCUUUUUCCGGACACGGGCGGCGUUCCUCCUGUUCCGCCCCGCCCGGUGAUCGUGCUCAUUGUGCGCAGCAACAUACGGGGCCUGGAAAACAACAACGAGGUAAGAGAGGCCCUGGAGAUGAACUUUACGAGCUUCGACGUGGUGGAGUUCUUCGGCACAGAUCCCGUCCGAGACCAGCUCAAGAUCUUCGCAACCGCGGCCAUGAUCAUAGCUCCCCACGGGGCCGGGCUUGCCAACAUGAUCGUCGCGCCCCUGCACACUCCGGUGCUGGAGAUUGCCCCGUUAGAGUGCCCCCCCUGCUUCUUGAGGCUCGCCUUUAAGCUUCACCACAUCUACGCGAGACAUACGGCGGGCGAUGAGUGGACGAUUUCCUGCAAUACAUGGUACAACCCAGGCGUCGAUGGAAUUAUCGACCUCGCAAGGGAUCUCCUCGAGGCGAAACGCCAAGCAGACGAUGCCCGGAAAUUCCCUGGAGCAGCAGACGCGGAUGAAGAACAACCGUAGCCAUAAAGGCACAGCAGUGCUACACCACUGCCCGGCAGGAUUGCCCCUGCGAAAUCUUGUACAGGACUUGCCGGGGUAAUUUCAAGGGGAGGAAGGGGUAGGAGGUAUUCGGCCCAUGUUUUUGGUUUAGAUUUGUGUCGUGAACGUUUCCCUGAAAAAUCCGGGAC